AUGAUGGCAUCUUCCGGAGCAUCUAAUGCACCCUCGGAGAUUGGGAGAGAGAGUUCGUCGUCGUUGAAGCGUGCUUCAAGUGAUGUGGGCUGGGAGUUUGGGGUUUUGGCGGAUCCUACAAACUUGGAUAAGUUGAAGUGUAAGCUGUGUGGGAAACUUGUUAGUGGUGGCGUAUAUAGAAUCAAGCAACAUGUAGCCCACAUUAAGGGAAAUGUAGCCCCGUGCCCAAGGUCUUCGGAUGAGGAUAAAGCCAAAUGUAAAGCUGCAUUAGAAGAAGCAAAAAAUAAGAAUAGACAAGGGAGUGGACGCAAAGGGGAAGUGGGGGAAGAACUUGAGCUUCAACAAAUUGGAAAAGAAGAUGAAGACAUUGAAGUUUUGACGCAAAGAACACCUGAAGUGCAUCAAUCUUUGGCUGAAUGGGUGUAUGAGUCUGGCAUUCCUUUUGAUGCUAUUGAUAAUGAUAGCUUCAAAAGAUUUGUGGAAGUGGUUGGCCAAUUUGGCCCGGGUUACCGACCUCCAAGCCAAUACCAAUUAAGGGAGCUAGUCUUCAACUCAUCAUCUUCCAUAGCUACCAACUCAGAAUCCAAAGACAGCCCAUCAUCACAGUCGCCUCAACUUGAAACCCCAAUUAGUUGGCCUCCUGAUGGCAAGCUCACCCUCAACUGGGUCCUUAACCUAAUGUCCGUCUUUGACUGGGCUUCUAGAGAUCUUGAGCCGACCCAAUUGCCAGACGUGUUUCCUGUCGAGGUUUGUGAUUGUCUGGUCCUCUGUGCCUCCAAGAUCCUCCACAAAGAGCCCAAUUGCGUCACCAUUGACAACUUAACCCCUGAAUCCACAGUCAUCGUCGUCGGAGACCUUCACGGGCAGUUGCACGACCUUCUUUUCCUUCUCCAUGAUGCUGGCUUUCCCUCAGAAAAUCGAUUCUACGUCUUCAAUGGUGAUUAUGUUGACAGAGGUGCUUGGGGUCUCGAAAGUUUCUUAAUUUUGUUAGCUUGGAAAGUGUUUAUGCCAGAAAGGGUGUAUCUUUUGCGAGGAAAUCACGAAUCAAAGUAUUGCACUUCUGUUUAUGGUUUUGAGAAGGAAGUGCUGACAAAGUAUGGUGAUAGAGGCAAGCAUGUGUAUCGUGAAUGCCUUGGGUGCUUUCGAGGUCUUCCGUUGGCUUCCAUCGUUGGUAAACAUGUGUACACUGCACAUGGAGGUUUAUUUCGACACAUGUCUGCUAUUCCCAAGAAAUCAAAGGGAAAGAAGAGUCGUAUGAUAGCUUGCAAUCCUGAAACCAGUUCAUUAUCUUUGGGCUCUCUUGAAGAAUUAAACAAGGCCCGAAGAUCAGUUCUUGAUCCUCCAUGGAUUGGUUUCAACUUGAUUCCUGGUGACGUGCUGUGGUCAGAUCCCUCGAUGACUCCAGGACUUUCGCCAAAUACAGAGAGAGGCAUUGGUUUACGUUGGGGUCCUGAUUGCACUGAGAAAUUUCUCAAGGAAUUUCAACUCAAGUUGAUUAUUAGAUCACAUGAAGGCCCUGAUGCACGGGAAAAGAGGCCAGGUCUUGGUGGAAUGGAUGAAGGGUACACCAUCGAUCACAUUGUGGAGUCAGGAAAGCUCAUCACUUUGUUUAGUGCUCCAGACUACCCACAAUUUCAGAACACAGAGGAGAGGUACAAAAAUAAAGGUGCUUACAUUAUCUUGGAACCCCCUAAUUUCGAUGAUCCUAUAUUUCAUAGUUUCAAAGCAAUUACUCCAAGACCAAAGGCGGAUCCCUUUUACAAUUUUGAAGAAGUGAUUGAUUCUGAUGAAGAGUUGGACUUGGCAUCAAUGUCAGAAGAAGAAAGAUUGCGUGAUCAAAGAGAGAGGGAGCAAUUGGAGCAGAAUACAAGGGAACGGGAUACAGCAGCUACACGAAAGUUAACGGAGAGAAAAUUAACACGAAAAGAAGAAGAGGAGGCUAUUCGGAAAAGCAAUGCAUUGGAGCGGAAUGACCUUGAAGAUUUAAGUUACAAGAAACAAAUAUACGAGCUGGUGAAGAAGAGGUCAGAUGAGGUUGAGGAUACCACUGAGUACAGGAUGCCAGAUGCGUACGAUGAAGAGGGUGGUGUUAAUCAGGAAAAGAAAUUUUCUGUCACUGUGCAACGCUACAGGGUCCUCAGUGCCGGGGAUAAAAUGAACCCAUUUGCAGAAGAGGAAGCUUGGGAGGAUCACCAAGUUGGAAAAGCAACGCUGAAAUUUGGUUCAAAAAACAAGAAACAAUUAUCUGAUGAGUAUCAAUUUGUAUUUGAGGAUCAGAUUGAUUUUAUCAAGGCAUCAGUGAUGGAUGGUGAUGAGUUUGAUGAUGACGGGCAACCCUCUGAGGUACUUGAGUCGAAAGCGAAAACGGCCUUAGAGAAGCUCCAGGAUAUUGCUCUAUUGAGACCGGAUCUCAAACUGCUUAUCUCAAGUGCAACGCUUGAUGCUGAGAAGUUCAGUGAUGAUUUUGAUUCUGCUCAAUUUUCAAAAUUCCAGGGAGGCGGACUGGAGACUGGAAUGGAGUCAUUGCUAGUUACUCCCAUCUCAAAGGCAUCAGCAAUGCAGAGGGCAGGUCGAUCUGGUCGAACGGGUCCUGGAAAGUGCUUCCGGUUAUUUACUGCCUACAAUUAUUACAAUGAUUUAGAUGAUAACACAGUACCAGAAGUACAAAGAACUAAUCUUGCAAAUGUUUUGCUUACGCUGAAGUGCCUUGGUAUUCAUGACUUAUUACACUUUGAUUUUAUGGACCCUCCACCAUCUGAAGCAUUACUAAAAGCCCUGGAACUGUUAUUUGCACUAAGUGCAUUAAAUAAAGUGGGUGCUUCCGAGAUGGGUUAUAUACCAAUCAUGAAUUGGUAA